CAUUCUCUCCGAUUAUAAAAUGAGAGAUCUAUACCUUGAUUUCCACACACUGUAAAAGGGGGCAAUGGCACUAUUAGGAGGUAAUCCUUCAACGCAGGGAAUCAGGCUUGAUUUGAAGACAACAACCAGUGUUUUUGAGCCAGGAGAUUUGAGUGUGAGUUGCAUUCGAGUGGAGACUUCAAACAUCGCUUCCCCUCCCAAGCCAUUGUUGAUUGUUACACCAACCAUUCAAGGGACAUACCCAGUUCUCUUGUUUCUUCAUGGCUUCGAGCUCCGCAACACCUUCUACACUCAGCUCCUUCAACUCAUUUCUUCCCAUGGAUACAUAGUGGUGGCUCCUCAGUUAUACGGACUAUUACCUCCUUCUGGAAUUCAAGAGAUCAAAUCAGCAGCAGCAGUCACAAAUUGGCUAUCCUCAGGCCUUCAAUCUGUGCUCCCAGAAAAUGUGAAACCAGACCUACUCAAGCUUGCUCUUUCAGGCCACAGCAGAGGGGGAAAGACAGCAUUUGCUCUGGCACUAGGGUAUGCUGAUACAUCCCUCAACUUCUCAGCCCUACUAGGACUAGACCCUGUUGGUGGGUUGAGUAAAUGUUGCCAAACAGUUCCCAAAAUCCUAACCUAUGUUCCUCAUUCCUUCAAUCUAGCAAUCCCAGUUUGCGUAAUCGGCACCGGGUUGGGCGAUGAGCCAAGGAACUGCCUAACAUGUCCAUGUGCCCCAGAUGGAGUGAACCAUGUAGAGUUUUUCAGUGAGUGUAAACCUCCUUGUUCCCACUUUGUGACUACUGAAUAUGGUCACUUGGACAUGUUAGAUGAUCAUCUUUCAGGCUGCAUUGGGGCGAUUUCGGGUUAUAUCUGCAAGAGUGGGAAGGGUCCUAGGGACCCCAUGAGGAGAUGUGUGGGUGGCCUUUUUGUUGCAUUCUUGAAGGCUUAUUUGGAAGGUCAGAGUGGAGAUUUCAAAGCCAUUGUUGAUGAACCUGAUCUGGCUCCUGUGAAGCUUGAUCCUGUUGAGUUCAUAGAGGCAUGAAAUCAUGGAUUCUUUGCUAUGCUAUAAAGAGUGUGACAGCAGAAUUUUUUUUUUUGUUCCUCUUUGGGAACAAAGAUUCAAAUAAACGAAACUAUGUUGUAUUGCUAAUGACCACUAAUAUUCUCAAGACCCAUCAUUUGUGUUAGACUAAGAAUGGGGGAUGAGGUGUUCCAUAUUACAAGAACAUCACAUGUGAGACCAGGGUCAUUUUUGAUGGGGUUUCCACUUAUUAUGUUUGUUUUUUCUCUUACAUGGCAGUGCUUAAUUGAUAAUAAAAAUGCAGUACAAUGAUUCUUGGCUUUCA